AUGAUGGAAGAUUUCAAAGUUUCAUCCAUUUAUUACCAGUUCCAACACUCAGGAGAUGUGCGGUAAGCGUUGUGUAGACCUUAAUGUUUUUUGAACUAAUUAUAAUAUUAGCUGAAGUAUUAACUACAGUUUCAAGUACAUUAAUAAUGAGCUUUGUACGGGGUAUUUUCUGUCUUUAUCAUCAGAUUUCAGUUUUUCUUAACGCACGUUUUUACUAUCCUACCAAUAGCAAUUCGGUUAUUUAUCGAUGCCGUUUUUCAUUUCGACAUUCCGCUUUAAAGAGGGAACGUUCCUGCCACUGUUAUAGGUGUAAUAUAAGCUCAUAAUUACAGAGGUCUCAUAUGUUGAUGGCGUGACCCAGAAACGGACUCCAAGUUUGGCGUCCCCAGGCUUUAUUAGUUUAGAAGGGGCAGCCCUUAAGUAGAUGGAAAUAAAAACAGAUUGGUGUGAAGGGGGGAAUUCUCCUCCAGGGACAUGUCCCAAAAUACGCGUCAAGGAUACAUGAAGAUAGACGGAAGGGACUCUAAUGGACCGGCUGGUGUGAAGUGAAAGCCGUCCUGCUUUCUUUUGGGCCGCGCAUCUCCUAGUUAAUUUUGCGUCCCCCUCCGCCAAUUAACAACCAAUAGUUUGUCUCUUGGGGUUGAAUGCCAGAGGGAAAAAGGCCCAUCUCUUCCAUGUUCCUUUAAUUAUAAACAUUUGCCAGUCAAUACAUCAAAUCCUUCGCACUGAUACCCCUUGAUUCCCUAAGCGCAUCAGAACAUUAUCCUCGGUUCUUCUUUCCUUUUCUUACUUUUUCCACAUUUCAGGGAAGUAAUGGCGGACUCGGGACAGUUGGCGUUGUUCCAUCAUCUGCGCGGCAAUUCUCUAAUCAAACAGGUAUAAUGCAAUUUUUUGCAGCUACACUAUCAGUCUGUCGGGAAAAUAGUGGUGGGUCGUCGCGGAAAAAUAAUUCGUCGAAAAAAGGAUGCAGUUUCCAUCUGCGGCUUGCCAUCGCAACGCAAUGAUGGGCGAUUCCAAGGCGCAACGACCCGCCGUUACUUUCCCAACAGACUUACAUGUAGACUAAGUUUGAUCUCUCAAAUCCUUUCAUUUUCAGUCUGAAGAAGCCGAGAUUCAAACUAUCCAUCCCAACAGAGAACAACUCCUCAGACGGGAUGCCAUAAUUCCCGAAGAACAACAGAAUGAAGCGUAAGUUAGUCUGAGGGUUCAUCACUGUGACGUUCCAUGAAUUACACCCGAUUUGCAAGACAGAAGAACUUCCGAAACUUUCAGCGAACGUCAAAAGAACCAUGGAGACGACAAUGUGAUAAUCGUGCCUCAUGUUCAGAUCCUGCCUAAUGAGUCUUAUCUUUUCAAUCGAGCAAUCUCUUCAGGUGGAGGCCUUCUUGCAGGUAGUUUGGUAAACAAUAUAGUAGACCCUCCGCAGCCAUUUAUGUAAAAAGUUUAGAGAGCCCAUUGGAAAGCGGAUUAAAGGAAUGCCAGGGCUGCUUCCCCUCAAGGACUCAAACAAAAAUUUUUCCAGACUUACAACGAGCCACAAUGGCGACCCAAGCCUUUUAUGCAGAAAACAGCGAACCCACGAAGACGAGAUCCCCUUGGAUUCUCCGUCGACUUUACGAAUGGUCCCAUCGAGCCAAGAGCAGGGAGAUUGUAAAACACGUCCAGACGGCUCUAGACGCCUCCCCCGAUCGUGAAUGCGAAGAUGAAGAUCUGGCUCAACUCUUGUCAGUUCAAUGGGAAGAACUGUUUGCAGGAGCCGAAGAAGUCGACGACUUGGACAAGAGGAGACUUCAGGCCGUCUGGGAACUCUUCCAUAGUGAAUUGGUCUUUUUGCAGAAGCAAUUAUUGGUUUUGAAGUAAGUAAUUCAUAUAAACGACUAAUUUUUACAAUCAGAGAGGUCUACAAGGAACCCUUGAAGAAGUGUCAAGUCGAGGGCUGUCUCCUUUCAGUGGAACCUGAGCUUCUUUUCGGAAACCUAGACCAGUUAUGUCGAGUAGGUUUACUUUACUGUCUGCGGAUGUUUUUAAAGAUAAGUCGUCGCUUCUGUCAGUCAUUCUUGACGCUUUCAAAAGAACUGAAUGCCGAAAACAAUUUCGAGACCACUGAACUUGUGGUCCAACUUUUCGAGCGCUUCUCCAAAGGGCCGUCCACCAUCUCCGCUUAUCAGGCAUACUGUAUCAAUUACAAGGCUACAAUUGAAUACUUGGGCUCGGUCAGACAGAAGGAAGAACGAUUUGUGGAGUUUGAGAGGGUCUGUUUGACAGAUCCGAGAUGUGGAAGAUUACAAUUAGAAGAUCUUCUGAUCGCGCCGUUACAGAGAAUCACCCGAUUACCCAUCCUCAUAAAAGAAAUCUUGAAAUACACAAAAAGUGAUGAACAUAAACAACGACUGGAGAAGGUUCUCGAUACAAUGAACGAAAGUCUACGUAAGGAAUUCAAGCCCUAAAAACAACACGGGUAAAAAGUAAUCUUUGGAUUUUUUCCGAAAGUACUCGAUUUAGGAGGUUUUGAUGGCGCUGAUUUUGAAAAUCAAGCUUUUUUCUGAAAAAAAGUUUAAUUUUCAAAAAUACUUAAGACAAACUUUGAUACAAAACCUUUAGAAGUACUGUUAUAUUAGCAAAUUUAUUGUAAGUGUAAAAAGUUUUGAUACGUCUUACCGCAUACGCAGGUCACGGUUUGCCCACAUAGAACAAAAAACGACAAAAAAGCGCCCGAGCCCUUCGCACUUCGCGCCCGAGUCGUGAAAAAUUUCGGAAUUAUAGGGUAAAAGUUCGAAUGUAAAAGACAGCAAAGACUAACAGAAAGAUAGAAAAUAAGAGUAAAAAUGAAUUCUUGCACACUUCUUCUGUCGUAUUGAAUGUUUCCCCAUCGUCCAUGUCGAAACUCUGACUUGCCGUGAGCUUUCGAAAAUGUGCAAUUUUAAGGCGCUUUUUAGCGGGUCAUAUAUGGCUUCUUAGAGGUGAUUUUCAAGAUGUUUGAUUUUUGUUAGUUACAUGACUAUCAGAACAGCAUAUCUUGAAAAUUUCAUGCAAUUUGGUGAAUUUUGAAGGGUCAUUUUCUGGACCCCAAUGAAGGGUCCAAAAAGUACUUGGAAAUUGAUGUGUAAAACAACUUUACGUCGAAAAAACCGUUACAGCCGGUCUGGUCUGAGUGUCACUAGCAUUUAUCAAACCUGACUUGCAUUUUCCACAUCUACCCAUUGAUUUCUGGCAUAGGUGUUCGGAGUGAGGGGUGUACGGAAGAAAAAAUCGCAAAAAGUAGGCAUUUUACAGUACUCUAUAAAUACUGUAGAACACAACAUUGUGAAAAUUUUUUAAUAAAUUUCAUGAUGGCUAGGGGAUGUCGUGACGGUUCUCCUGGGCUGUACAACAAAUAACUACACUGCUAGAUGCAAUUUUUUACUGUACCGUGGGUUUUAACAGCUUCUGUCAUGACCAAAAUCCCGUAGAUAUGGUAGCAAAAACAUAAUGCCUUAAAAAUUAUUGACAAAAAUGUUCGAUACUGUCCUAAUCUUUUAAAGAUUUUGACGUGAGAAGUAACAGCAUUGAGGUAAUAUUACUUAUGUGGUAACUGUGGAAAGGUAAUCAGAAAAAAGAGUGUCAUCAUGGUGAAGAUGACAAAACCAUCGGGAAACUGGUAGUGGUAGUAGAAAAAUGAUUUAAUGUCCCAUUAUGAUGAUCUUUAUGGAAGGGCGGCACACAGGUUUAAUAUUUGAAGAAUGAUGAUUGUAGUUAUAUUAUUGUUACAUAAUAUAAUAUUAAUUUUAUUACGGAGAAUAAUUUUUCCGAUUUUUCUGAUGCACUGAGCAUUGUGAUAUUUCAAUUUUUUUAAGCACAGUAGGACUGACAGGGAACGAGGGUAGUCUCCAAAUGAACUAGAGAUGGCGAAAAAUGUGUUGAUAGGGUGCAAGUCGAAGUAGAUGAGUGUAACCAAAAAGCGUGGUGCAUGUACAAUAUAAAAAUAGGCAAAAAUAUAAUAAAAAUUCCGGUUUAAUCCAAGAAUUACGCAAAAAAAGUUGUGUUGUUGGCUACUUGGUCUAUUCGUUACUCCAUUGGCCAAGAUAAUAUUUGUCUAUUAACAAGACAUUUCUAGUACCGGAUGAUAAUAUUGUGUUUCUUUAUGCUAAUUAUAUCAAUCACAAUCUUCAGUAACGCUUAGAAUGCCUUGCAAGGUGAACAUCCCAGUUAGUUCUCUGAAACUUUGAUCGUAUAAAGUGGUUUUCGCAAAAAACAAGAAAAGUCUUUUCGGGCGUUUUUUUGUCGUUUUGGGCAAACCGUGAGGUGUUUAAAAAAGUUGUAGUGAUUUCCGUUCCGCUUUCCUGGCAUCCAAUGUUUUCGUGUCGAGGCAAAAUAAAAGUUAUAAAAUUUGCAAUGAUUUCUCAAAAUUACACUCUUACUACCCGCGGCAGAAAGUCCCGACACGUUUGCACGGUGCGUUUUUCUUUUUCUUCCGCUUACGCCGCUGCGAUUCCCGUUUUUGCACUAGCGACAUGCGCUUUCUCGCGUUUUCGAUGGCGCUGAUUUCGAAUAUCGUAUCCAUUUUUUUUUAAUUUUACAAUUUUGCUUAAGCAGUAGUGUUAAUUAGUAAUUAAAAAAAAUGAGUAAUGGAUUUAGGGGGUUUCGGUGGUGCUGAUUUUGAAAAUUGUAUCCAUUUCUUCUGAAUUUUUGCCUAUCUUCCUCAAUUCUUUAAGAUAAAUGUUUUAAUUGGUAAAAACUUGGUCAAACUUGUAUGAUAUUGUGAGAAAACUUAUGACGCUUUUUUCGUCUUUCCAGCGAAAAUGACACUACUGCUUAAGCAAAAUUGUAAAAUUCAGAAAAAAUUGAUAUGAUUCUCGAAAUCAGCGCCAUUAGACAUGGCUGGGGGGCCGGGCCGGGCCGAAAAUCGCGGCCCGGCCCGGGGGCCGGAAGAGGUCGGCCCGGCCCCGGCCCCCGUCAAAUUUUCUCGGCCCGGCCCGGCCCAGCCCCCAGGGGGCCGGGCGGGGCCGGGGGCCUACCGGGGGCCGAACUGUAAAUAUAAAUACUGCAUUCAUUACGAGAUAUUAUACAUUUUUUUGGGGCUUUGGUAGUUCAGCCUCCCACGAAAAGGUAGUUCAAACCUCCACUGUUUUAUCCAUUUCACACCUCCCAUAAUUAAAAAAUUAGAAUAAUACAAAAAAUGGAAAUUAGAGUGAAAUGACCCCCGGCGUUUUAGCUCAAACCCCCAGUUACCGUCCAAAUUCGUUCUUGUGGUUCAGGCAACGAUGAUCGUAGCCGAGAGAACGCAAUCCCGAGUAGGGAUUUCAGAUUAGAUGAGCGGGUUUAUAAUGGGUCAAGGGGGGGCUGAACUGGACUGGGGGGUUGUACUACCGUAGCCCCCAUUUUUUUGUUAUAACAAUCGAAAAAAAAAAUUUGAAACAAAAAAUUACCAACCAUUGCCAUGUAUAUACUUCAAAAGACCCAAUCGGUUCUUGGCUCUGCAUUUUAUUUUUGUUGGCAACGCUAAUUUUCGCUUUGAGACUGGGAAUUUUUGUCAUUGGGGGCCGAUUGGGGGCCUGGCGGGGGCCCCCGGUCGGCCCGGCCCGGGGGCCCCCGGUCGGCCCGGCCCGGGGGCCGGAAGAGGUCGGCCCGGCCCCGGGGCCUUUAAAACUCGUUCGGCCCCGCCCAGCCCGCCCCCCCGGGGGGCUAGGCCGGGCCGGGCCGGCCCGGCCCACUAGCCAUGUCUAAGCGCCAUCGAAAACCUCCCCAAAAAAAUCCAAAUAUUACUUUUUAACAGUACUACUUAAGAAAAAAGUAAAGAAUACAUAAAACACACACUUGUACAAAGAUUUACAAGGGUUUCAGAAAUCUGUCCGUAAUGGUUUUGCCCGUAGUGCACGGACACGAUUUUUACUUGCAGGGCUCAAAAAAUUAUAUUUUUAUAAAUAGUAAUUCACGAAAAAUUCACUUUUUAACAGUACUACGUAAGGAAAAACUAAGGAUCAAAAAAUUUGUCGUCGUUUUUGAAGCAAUGUCAUGAUGACCGCGCCUCGAUAAUGACACCGGCCAAUAAUAACCGCGGAGCAUCGAAGAUGACCGCCAGAAAAAAAAUGCUGAAACAGGGAGGUAUUGGGUAAUCGAUAGAAUGCAGCCGAUUACGACCCCGAUUGACGAGUUUCCAAAUAAUAUGGUUGUUUAGGGUCGAUCGAUGACAGUGUCCAGUGGCUACAUAACUUUGAGCGACUUCAACAACUCCAGAAUCAGGUCGUUUGGCCAUCAAUCAGCGAUCUAGAACCAAGGACUUACAUCCCAGACGUAAGUAUUUCCCAAGCUUACUCUACAUUUUUAGUUUUUGAAAAGCGCCCUUUCUCGGCAGUUUUGUGAGAAUCUCUUGGCACAUCCACGACGGAAGUUGGUUCACGAAGGCCCCCUGGAAUUUGUGGAAAACGGAAAGGUCUCGGAUUGCUACGCUUUUCUGUUCAACGAUAUGUUUCUGGUGACUAAAAUAAAAAAGAUUGGAGCUAAAUCAAAAAUGGUAGGUUCUGAUGCGAGACUCGAAUCUUCGAAUGUUUAGAAGGGCGGUCUCACUUCUUCUACACGUCAAGAAUAUUACAUUGUACAUAAACAACCCGUUCCUCUCGAUUCCUGCGUGUUUUGUGAUGCCGAUUCAGACGAUUCACAUGCCAAUGGUAAUUUUCAAAGGAUUUUAAAUGAUCUUCUUUCAGUUACUUUGAAGAACGCGUUCGUGGUGAUCCAUCUGACGAGAUACUAUCAGGUUCUCUCCGUUUACACAUUGCAGACCUCAAGCAAACAAGAAAAGGUAAGGUUUUUGCAUAGUAUUUCCCACACUAGGUGGCUUUAUUGUUUUGACUCAAUCUAUGUCUUCAAUUUGUUUUCGGGUUGCCGUGCAGUGCAAGCGUCCAUUCACGAAAGUGCUAAUAAUAGGGUCUAAACAAACUUUUUGGAUAUCUUUGCUGGGCGCCAAGAAAUCGACAAAACUUGCCGCGGAAUUUCUUAAGACACCCUGUAUAUUUCGGGUUUUUUAAUAGGGGGUAUUUUACGGUGGAAAUCACAUCUCGAGUUCAAUGUUGCAAAAUUGGUUGACUCGAUAGCCAGGCGGGUUACUCUUGUGUUCACACCGGCGGAUAUCUCUCAUGACCAAGAUCGUGAUCCAGAUCGUGACCGAGGUCACGAAGGUUGCGUAAAGUUAGUCGAAAAUGGUCUCACAGUCAAUGCCUGACGUUUAAGACACUUUCUUUCGCGUCAAGACAUUUUCGGAAUUUGGACACUUCCGGAAUGGCGAAAUAGUGACACUUCCGAAACCGGGAAAAAAUAAAAGGCUUCACCGACCUCGCAGAAACGAGGAGGCACGUUGGCCGCGACAGAUUCACCGUUAUUAACUUCGAAAGUUUUGUUUAUUUUUUUCUGAUUGUUACUUUUUUUCGUGAAUAUUAGUGUCAAAAAGUAAUUUUUUGAAAUUUUUCUAACAAGGAAAGUACUUUUAUGGGAUGGGCGGAGUUGGACGAUUGGGGAAAAGUACGAUUGGGGAAACCGAAAAGUAUUACUUUUUUUUGAUGCAAAUGUCCAAGUUAGGAUAAUUGAGGGUGCUCAUUUCGAAAAUAACAUUAACCCUUUCCGGACGAGUCGGCACGUAUAUAUUAGAAUGAAAGAGGGUACCCUACUGAGUAACGGCAUAAUAGUGGUUCAGCCCAUCGAAGCGUUAUUUGGGACUUAUGACAAAAAAUGUCCUGAAAAGUACCCCCACUUGACAUAUCACUUUUAAAAUUCUUGCGGCAUGCUGUAAAUCGGAAACUACCCCUGAAUUAAAGUCGAGGAGUCCUAGUAUUGUUACAUCCAAGAACUGUCCAAAUCCGAGCACCAUAGAAUUUGUUAUGGAUUUUUGGAAAUUGAAUUUUUAAUUUUGGUCAAUUUUGGACCUAAAAUCAAGUAUAUCUUCCGCCGGUAUCAACCAUUUCGGUCCAAAUGUGGUUUUUCCGAAUCUAUUGUGAUGUUAGCUUCUUACUAGAAUAUUUCCAGAAAAAACCUAUGAGGCAUAUUUCUGUAAAACGCGAAAAUGUUGAAAGUGUAAAGGUUUCAUCGUAUAAAAUGUCGUCGCGAGCCGCGAAGGGACGGGCGCAGCUCGAAACGAGAAAAUAAUAAAAAAAAUUUGAGAAAUUUGAUUUUAGUGUGAAACCAAAUUAAAACCGAUGGAAAUUGCCUGAAAACAGAGUAAAAGUAUAAAAAUGACAUUUAGGUAACGUUUGUGUGCUAUUCCUGUCUGUAUUUCGUGUUGAAUCAUCUUGUUGACACUAAAAUAAUAUUUAUCAAAGAAAAAAUUAUUAUUUUCUUGUUUCAAGCUGCGCCCGUUCCUUCGCGGCUCGCGGCGACAUUUUAUACGAUCAAACCUUUACACUUUCAACAUUUCCGCGUUUUACAGAAAUAUGCCUCAUAGGUUUUUUCUGGAAAUAUUCUAGUAAGAAGCUAACAUCACAAUAGAUUCGGAAAAACCACAUUUGGACCGAAAUGGUUGAUACCGGCGGAAGAUAUACUUGAUUUUAGGUCCAAAAUUGACCAAAAUUAAAAAUUCAAUUUCCAAAAAUCCAUAACAAAUUCUAUGGUGCUCGGAUUUGGACAGUUCUUGGAUGUAACAAUACUAGGACUCCUCGACUUUAAUUCAGGGGUAGUUUCCGAUUUACAGCAUGUCGCAAGAAUUUUAAAAGUGAUAUGUCAAGUGGGGGUACUUUUCAGGACAUUUUUUGUCAUAAGUCCCAAAUAACGCUUCGAUGGGCUGAACCACUAUUAUGCCGUUACUCAGUAGGGUACCCUCUUUCAUUCUAAUAUAUACGUGCCGACUCGUCCGGAAAGGGUUAAUUUUUUGACUCUUACUUUUUUCCUUAAGUAGUACUGUAAAGUAGUAAUUUUUGAUCUUUUUUUUCAUAAAUACUCGAUUUAGGGGUUUUCGAGGGUGCUGAUUUCGAAAAUCAUGUUCAUUUUUUUCUAGUUGUUAUUUUUUUCUUAAGUAGUACUGUUAAGUAGUAAUUUUUUGAAAAUUUUCCAAAAAUACUAGAUUUAGGGGUUUUCGAAGGUGCUGGUCUCGAAAAUCAUGCUAACUUUUUCCUCGAAAAUCAUGUUAACUUUUCCUCUAUUACUAAUUAGUACUAUCUGAUACUAUGUACUACCAGCAUCUUGGAAAACCCCUAAAUUCAGUAUUUUUGGAAAAUUUUCAAAAAAUUACUACUUAACAGUACUACUUAAGAAAAAAAUAACAACUAGAAAAAAUGAACAUGAUUUUCGAAAUCAGCACCCUCGAAAACCCCUAUAUCCAAUAUUUUUAGAAAAAUUUCAAAAAGUUACUUUUUAACACAACUACUUAAGGAAAACUAGUAAAGUUCAGAAAAAAUGAACAUGAUUUUCGAAAUCAGCGCCCUCGAAAACCCCUAAAUCGAGUAUUUAUGAAAAAAAUCAAAAGUUACUACUUUACAGCACUACUUAAGGAAAAAAGUAAGAGUCAAAAAAUGAAUGUUAUUUUCGAAAUAAGCACCCUCAAUUAUCCUAACUUUGACAUUUGCAUCAAAAAAAGUAAUACUUUUUGGUUUCCCCAAUCGUACUUUUCCCCAAUCGUCCCAGUUCCUUUUAUGGGGGCUCCUACUUUUCGACGGGACAUAUCGGAAGAGUGUAGUGUGGCCGAGUGGCUAGUGCCGUAGUCUGGAAAUCAAGAGGGGGACCCCACACGGGUUCGGUUUCCCUUUUGGACCAAAUCAACUUUUUUUGAAGUUGCAGAAAAUAAAUUUUUGUGCCAAAACUUAUUUAUUACGUAUUAGAAACUCAAGAAACAAAAAAUACUCGAUUUAGAGGUUUUUGAAGGUGCUGAUUUUGAAAAUCGCGUUAAUUUUUUCUGAACUUUGUUAGCUCGCGACCUAGGUCGUGGCUAGUUCAGGUAUGCCCCUUAAAAGGCGUUAAAGUUCGGUCAGCGCGAAGAAUCCAUGGUGAAAUCCUGUUUUUUUUUGUGGGAAAAAACAAGGUAGCUAUCUAGGUCGUGAGCUUGGUGACGGCCUGGCCUAAAAAAAGUGUCUUGAACAUCAUAGUCAACCAUUUUAUGGUAAUUUUAGGCAUCCUCCUUGUUCUAGGUCACGAGCUUAGUCAUGAGCGACCUAUCCUCCGGUGUGAACACGGACUAACCCACUUGGCUAGCUAGUCGACCAAUUUUGCAACAUUGAAUAUAAAUAUUGGCCCGAUACCGGAUUUGCCCCAAAUAAAAUGUUCCCAAAAUGAAGGGUAGCCAAAAAUUUGCAAUUCCCAGUAGUGAUUACGUAAUAAAUAAAUUUUCAAAAAUUCCUAACAGACAAGAGAUGGCGGUUUCUGGCCACGAAACCCGAUUUGAUUUUUAUGCCACCAUCCUUAUAUUGUUUGGAAAAUUAGGCGUGUAAGCCUAUUAAAGGUGAAAAUAGAACGCACGACAGACAGACAGCCUUGGAUCUUAUUUCAGUUAGGAAUAAGGGUUUUGGCUAGCCAGUUGGACCUUUAAUUAAACUGCCGUUUGAGUUCCCUUUACAGUUGAAGUUGGUUUAUACAUCCUUUUUAGGAAGUGUGGAUCGAAAAGUUCCAAGAAUCCAUCGAAAACUACGAAUCGAUCCAACUGAAGGACAUGCUGCGUUGUACUCCGUUGUUCUCGUCCCUCUCUCUAAGACGAUGUUCGAGUAGUCGGUAUUCUUGUGUCUCCAGCAGACAGCGUUCUCUGCAUUGA